CCUUAAAUGUUAUUAAUUUUAGCUACGAGUAAUGUAGGCUACAAGUAUUUGUAAAGCUUGAAUUCUUACUAGCAACAAUUUGAACACCUAGUAAACAGCAUCCCCAUAGAAUUUAAUGUCAAAACGUUUCAAACUAAGUUGGGUUGAAGUAAUAAACGUUAAACUGGCUUGCCAUAGCAACACUUUAAGCUGCUGUGUCGUUUCGCGUUUGAUGAAUCCAAUAUUGCAAUCUUCACCUGCAUAAUAAGACAAGACAAGACCUCAAAGCUUGGCCUUUAGAAGUAAGACUGACUGCUUUGUGCUUUUGCUUCACUAAAAACAGUCGUCAAGACUUCACAUAAGCCUCUAUCCUCACAGGAAUGUCGUUUGGAGGGCGGAGACUCGCAACAACAUUACAUUCUGCAUCCAGAAACCGUGAAAUAUGGACACUGCCAUGAGAACAGCCGUGAUCGUUCGAGAUCAUUUAGCACUCUUCCCAACAGGAUCCGAGCACAGCGCGACGGCAGGAACCGGGCUGGACAUGACGGAGAGCUGGAUGUAGUGUUUGUGCUCGGGAUCUGUGGGUCAUACACACGGCUAGAGUUCACGGUGAUCGUUUUGUUUCGAGGGUUGUUCUUAGUUGAGACAUUGUUUUCUGCCUGGCUGUUUUCAGAGGACCGCGAACCAGCUCUCAUAUCUGGAGAUAAAAGAGUUCAGCAUGAGGAAUACCGAGGAGACUGAGGGCUUUGAUGGCGAGGCCUCCAACACCUCGAUGAUUUCAGGAGCCAACAGUCCGUAUCAGCCGACCACCGAGCCCGUGCACUCCAGAAACGUGUUCAGGGACAUCAGGUGUGACCUGGACUACAUCAAAUCACAUUUCGGUAUUUUAAAAGUGAUCGAAGUGGUCCUGGCUCUCAUUUCUUUCAUCUUCAUUGAAACCAUAAUGAUGUGCUCGCCCUGUGCCGGCGUCUACCUCUUUGAGUUCGUCAGCUGCAGUGCCUUCGUUGUCACAGGCGUCUUGCUCCUCAUCUUCGUCCUGAACCUGCACACCAAAGUGCCCCAUAUCAACUGGAGUCUAACAGAUCUUGUCAACACUGCCACCAGCACCUUGUUCUUCUUUCUGGCUUCAGUGGUUUUGGCAGCUCUUAACCAUCAAACUGGAGCAGAGAUCGCAGCUGUGAUCUUCGGGUUCCUGGUGAUGGGUGUGUACGGUCUGAACACAUUUUUGGCAGUGCGGAGAUGGCGUCUCGGGGACUCGCGAGAUGGACCCCUGCAGACCAGCGAGUACAUCCGUGCCCGCACAGUCUCACGGGGGGAGGUGGAGUCACGGCCUGAGCUACAGUAAAGCACACACG